UCAGAUCGAACUCAAGCGCUCGCUGCUGCUGCUGCUGCUGCUUGUUCUUCUUCUUCAUCGCAAUCUCGUCGCUCUUCCUUCCAAUGGCGGAAUUCGUCGGCCGUCCCUUCUUCAGCUGCAGGAGUUGCCGCAGCCCCGUGGCCAUCGCCGACGACAUCCUCUCCAAGAAAUUCCGAGCGAAAUCGGGACCGGCCUACAUGUUCACGAACGCGAUGAACGUGGUCGUCGGACGGACCCAGGACCGGCAGCUGAUGACCGGGGUCUUCGCGGUGGCGGACAUCUACUGCAGCAACUGCCACGAGGAGAUGGGGUGGAAGUACGUGCGAGCCUACGAUCCGAAGCAGAAGUACAAGCAAGGCCGGUUCAUCAUCGAACUGUCGAAGAUCGUGAAGGAGUACUGACGCCGGCCCGGCGCGUGACUCGUCUCUCUCGUGGUUCGAAAGUCCUCGCUUCUCGUACUGUGUAAGAAUAAGCUGCAUCGGUAUCCUCUCUUGUCGUGAAACGACGUCGGAUGAUGUUCGUAUUCACUUACGAUUAAAACAACGUUUGGUAAAAAUUUACAUUAUUGUAAUCUCGCUAAGAUUGGAGAACUUGGUUUUCUUUCCCCUGUUUUCUCUUUUUUCGGCAUAAAUGAAUUUUUAGGAAUAAUGCAUUAA